UUUAAAUGCUUCGUUUGGUGCGUGCCUAGAGAGAUGCAUAUGGUGCUCAUAUUCUAUGUGAAAAGGCAUAAAAGUUGCUAAUUAUAUGUAUCUGGGAAAUUGCGGCCGUUUAAAAAAAGAACAAGGACUGACUUGGCUGACUGCUAGCAAUGCUUAGCGGGUUCUUUCUUUGAGAAUCGUUUGGUUAGCCUCUGAUUAAUUCACUGAUCCUGAGGAAUUGCAUGGGUUUUGACUCCAAACCUGAACAUGACUGACUUGUGUUGGAUUUGAAUAAAUUAGUAUUUUAUAGUAUACGUCUGUUUUUAUCACAGAUGUUUAUUGUAAAUCGCGUUGAUGUGCUAUGGCUUAGCAUGCUAGUUACCUACCUCUGAUGUCAUCAGAAAGCGCCUGCGUCUCACGCUAGCAAGGCGUCAAGCAGUUUCGCGCUUCGCCACCUUCUGCAGAAGAUCACCUGACUUUGAGGAACAUGAAUUUCCAUUGAGAUUAGAAGCAGACAUUCGUCUGCCUCACCUAAAGCGCAACACUGUCUCUCCCGGCUGCAACCAUGGCCUUUGUGCCAGCCCCCAGCCCCACGGUGGUGGAUCAGACCACCCUGAUGAAAAAGUACCUGCAGUUUGUUGCUGCACUCACCGACAACAACACACCUGAUGAGACCAAGCUGAAGAUGAUGCAGGAAGUCAGUGAGAAUUUUGAGAAUGUGACGUCUUCACCGCAGUACUCCACCUUUCUGGAGCACAUCAUUCCACGCUUCCUCACCUUCCUGGGGGAUGGGGAGGUGCAGUUCCUGCAGGAGAAGCCCACACAGCAAUUAAGGAAGCUGGUCCUUGAAAUCAUCCACCGCAUUCCCACCAAUGAGCACUUGCGACCUCACACCAAGAACAUCCUCACCGUCAUGUUCCGCUUCCUGGAGAUUGAGAGUGAGGAGAAUGUACUCAUCUGUCUUCGGAUAAUCAUCGAACUCCACAAGCAGUUUCGCCCACCUAUAUCCCAGGAGAUUCAUCACUUCCUGGACUUUGUGAAACAGAUUUACAAAGAGUUGCCUAAAGUAGUGACGCGGUACUUUGAGAGCCCCCAGGUCAUAGCGGAGAACACGGUGCCCUCCCCUGAGAUGGUGGGAAUGAUCACCUCUGUGCUGGUGAAGACGGCACCAGAGAGAGAUGACAGCGAGACGCGCACGCACACCAUUAUACCACGAGGCUCACUGUCACUGAAGGUGUUGGCCGAACUUCCCAUCAUUGUAGUGCUGAUGUACCAGCUCUACAAGCUCAACAUUCACAACGUGGUGUCGGAGUUUGUGCCACUCAUCAUGAACACAAUCAUGCUGCAGGUGUCACCUCAGGCCAGGCAACACAAGCUGUACAACAAAGAGCUGUACGCGGACUUCAUCGCCGCCCAGAUCAAGACCCUUUCCUUCCUGGCCUACAUUAUCCGCAUCUAUCAGGACCUGGUGGGGAAGUACUCUCAGCAGAUGGUGAAGGGGAUGCUGCAGCUGCUCACCAACUGCCCCCCGGAGACGGCUCACCUGCGCAAGGAGCUGCUGAUCGCCGCCAAGCACAUCCUCACCACUGACCUGCGCAGCCAGUUCAUUCCCUGCAUGGACAAGCUGUUUGACGAGUCCAUCCUCAUCGGCUCAGGGUACACAGCCAGAGAAACCCUGAGACCGCUAGCCUACAGCACACUGGCGGACCUGGUGCACCAUGUGCGCCAGAACCUGCCGCUCACCGACCUCUCGCUGGCCGUGCAGCUCUUCGCCAAGAACAUCGACGACGAGUCGCUGCCCAGCAGCAUCCAGACCAUGUCCUGCAAGCUGCUGCUCAACCUGGUGGACUGCAUCCGCUCCAAGAGCGAGCAGGAGAAUGGAAACGGCCGCGACAUCCUCAUGAGGAUGCUGGAGGUAUUUGUGCUGAAGUUCCACACCAUCGCUCGCUACCAGCUACCCGCCAUCUUCAAGAAGUGCAAGCCCCAGUCAGAGCUGGGUGUGGUCGACACGGCGGUGGUGGCGGCCCUGCCGAGCGUUCCGGCCACCCCCACGGUCGCAACACCUGCCCUCCCUCCCGCGGCGCCCCCAACGCCAGUCACGCCUGCCCCGGCCACAGCCCCGUCCACGCCGUUCGACCGGCCCGGCGAGAAGGAAGACAAGCAGACGUUCCAGGUGUCUGACUGCCGAAGCCUGGUGAAGACUCUGGUGUGUGGGGUGAAGACCAUCACGUGGGGCAUCACGUCUUGCAAGGCACCUGGAGAUGCCCAGUUCAUUCCCAACAAGCAACUGCAGCCCAAAGAGACUCAGAUCUACAUCAAGCUGGUGAAGUACGCUAUGCAGGCCUUGGACAUCUACCAGGUACAGAUUGCAGGCAACGGGCAGACGUACAUCCGCGUGGCCAACUGCCAGACGGUGCGCAUGAAAGAGGAGAAGGAGGUGCUGGAGCACUUUGCUGGCGUCUUCACCAUGAUGAACCCCCUCACCUUCAAGGAGAUCUUCCAGACCACCGUGCCCUACAUGGUGGAGCGCAUCUCCAAGAACUACGCCCUGCAGAUCGUUGCCAACUCCUUCCUGGCCAACCUGUCCACGUCGGCCCUGUUUGCCACCAUCCUAGUGGAGUACCUGCUGGAGAGGCUGCCGGAGAUGGGCUCCAACGUGGAGCUGUCCAACCUCUACCUCAAGCUCUUCAAGCUGGUGUUCGGCUCUGUGUCCCUCUUCGCCGCCGAGAAUGAACAGAUGCUGAAGCCUCACCUGCAUAAGAUCGUGAACAGCUCCAUGGAGCUGGCCCAGUCGGCCAAGGAGCCUUACAACUACUUCCUGUUGCUCAGAGCGCUCUUCCGCUCCAUCGGGGGCGGCAGCCACGACCUGCUCUACCAGGAGUUCCUGCCCCUGCUGCCCAACCUGCUCCAGGGCUUAAACAUGCUGCAGAGCGGCCUGCACAAGCAGCACAUGAAGGACCUGUUUGUGGAGCUGUGCCUGACCGUGCCGGUGCGCCUCAGCUCGCUGCUGCCAUACCUGCCCAUGCUCAUGGACCCGCUGGUGUCGGCGCUCAACGGCUCGCAGACGCUCGUCAGCCAGGGCCUGCGCACGCUCGAGCUCUGCGUGGACAACCUGCAGCCCGACUUCCUCUACGACCACAUCCAGCCCGUCCGCGCAGAGUUGAUGCAGGCGCUGUGGCGUACGCUGCGCAACCCGGCCGAGAACAUCUCGCACGUGGCCUACCGCGUGCUCGGCAAGUUCGGCGGCAGCAACCGCAAGAUGCUGAAGGAGUCGCAGCGGCUGCAGUACGUGGUGACGGAGGUGCAGGGCCCCAGCAUCAAGGUGGACUUCACCGACUGCAAGGCCUCCAUCCAGCUGCCAAUGGAGAAGGCGAUCGAGACGGCCCUGGACUGUCUGAAGAGCGCCAACACGGAGCCCUACUACCGCCGGCAGGCCUGGGAGGUCAUCAAGUGCUUCCUGGUGGCCAUGACCAGCCUGGAGGACAACAAGCACGCGCUCUACCAGCUCCUGGCGCACCCCAACUUCACCGAGAAGUGGAUCCCGCCGGUGAUCAUCUCGCACCGCUACAAGGCCCAAGACACACCUGCGCGCCGCACCUUCGAGCAGGCGCUCACCGGCGCAUUCAUGUCGGCCGUCAUCAAGGACCUCCGGCCCAGCGCCCUGCCCUUCGUGGCCAGCCUCAUCCGCCAUUACACCAUGGUAGCAGUGGCGCAACAGUGUGGCCCUUUUCUGUUGCCGUGCUACCAGCUGGGGAGCCAGCCCAGCACGGCCAUGUUCCACAGCGAGGAGAACGGCUCCAAAGGCAUGGACCCGCUAGUGCUCAUCGACGCCAUCGCCAUCUGCAUGGCCUACGAGGAGAAGGAGCUGUGCAAGAUCGGCGAGGUGGCGCUGGCCGUCAUCUUCGACGUGGCCAGCAUCAUCCUGGGCUCCAAGGAGAGGGCCUGCCAGCUGCCCCUGUUCUCCUACAUCGUGGAGCGCCUGUGUGCCUGCUGCUACGAGCAGGCCUGGUACGCCAAGCUGGGCGGCGUGGUCUCCAUCAAGUUCCUCAUGGAGCGCCUACCUCUUAUCUGGGUCCUCCAGAACCAGCUCACCUUCCUCAAGGCCCUGCUCUUCGUCAUGAUGGACCUCACAGGAGAGGUGUCUAACGGUGCGGUUGCCAUGGCGAAGACGACGCUGGAGCAGCUGCUCGUACGCUGUGCCACACCGCUGAAGGACGAGGAGAAGACCGAGGAGCUGCUCAGCGCCCAGGACAAGAGCUUCCACAUGGUGACCCACGACCUGGUGCGCGAGGUCACGUCGCCCAACUCCACCGUGCGCAAGCAGGCCAUGCACUCUCUGCAGGUGCUUGCCCAGGUCACCGGCAAGAGCGUUACCGUCAUCAUGGAGCCCCACAAGGAGGUCCUGCAGGACAUGGUGCCCCCCAAGAAGCACCUGCUGCGGCACCAGCCGGCCAACGCCCAGAUCGGCCUGAUGGAGGGCAACACCUUCUGCACCACCCUGCAGCCACGCCUCUUCACCAUGGACCUCAACGUCAUGGAGCACAAGGUCUUCUACACAGAGCUGCUGAAUCUGUGCGAGUCUGAGGACGCCUCCCUGAUGAAGCUUCCCUGCUACAAGAGCCUGCCCUCCCUGGUGCCACUGCGCAUCGCAGCACUAAAUGCUCUGGCGGCGUGUAAUUACCUCCCUCAGUCGCGAGAGAAGAUCAUUGCUGCCCUCUUCAAGGCCCUCAACUCCACCAACAGCGAGCUGCAGGAGGCCGGAGAGGCCUGCAUGAGAAAGUUCCUGGAGGGCGCCACCAUCGAGGUGGAUCAGAUCCACACUCACAUGCGCCCCCUGCUGAUGAUGCUGGGCGACUACCGCAGCCUCACCCUCAACGUGGUCAACCGGCUCACCUCCGUCACGCGCCUCUUCCCCAACUCCUUCAACGACAAGUUCUGUGAUCAGAUGAUGCAACACCUGAGGAAGUGGAUGGAGGUGGUGGUGAUCACCCACAAAGGAGGCCAGCGGAGCGACGGCAGUCCUGCAUUGGAGGGGGCAGAGGAGAUGAAGAUCUGUUCGGCCAUCAUCAACCUCUUCCACCUGAUCCCAGCCGCCCCGCAGACGCUGGUCAAGCCUCUGCUGGAGGUGGUGAUGAAGACGGAGAGAGCCAUGCUCAUAGAGGCGGGCAGUCCCUUCAGAGAGCCCCUCAUCAAGUUCCUGACGCGCCACCCCUCUCAGACAGUGGAGCUCUUCAUGAUGGAGGCCACCCUCAACGACCCGCAGUGGAGUCGCAUGUUCAUGAGCUUCCUGAAGCACAAAGAUGCCAAGCCCCUGCGCGACGUGCUGGCCUCCAACCCCAGCCGCUUCGUCCCCCUGCUGGUGCCUCCAGGCACUGCACCCACUGUACGCCCCGGUUCACCAUCUACCAGCACCGCCCGCCUCGACCUGCAGUUCCAGGCCAUCAAGAUCAUCAGCAUCAUCGUGAAGAACGACGAGGGCUGGCUGGCGGGGCAGCACUCGCUGGUGAGCCAACUGAGGCGCGUCUGGGUGAGUGAGGCCUUCCAGGAGCGCCACCGCAAAGACAACAUGGCCUCCACCAACUGGAAGGAGCCCAAGCUGCUGGCCUUCUGCCUCCUCAGCUACUGCAAGCGUAACUACUCCGAGAUCGAGCUGCUCUUCCAGCUGCUGCGGGCCUUCACCGGCCGCUUCCUCUGCAACAUGACCUUCCUGAAGGAGUACAUGGAGGAUGAGAUCCCCAAGAACUACAGCAUCGCCCACAAACGUGCGCUCUUCUUCCGCUUUGUCGAGUUCAACGACCCGCAUUUCGGCGACGAGCUCAAGGCCAAGGUUCUGCAGCACAUCCUGAACCCGGCCUUCCUCCACAGCUUCGAGAAGGGCGAGGGCGAACCGCUCCUGGGCCCGCCCAACCCAGAAGGCGACAACCCCGAGAGCAUCACCAGUGUUUUCAUCACCAAGGUCCUGGACCCGGAGAAGCAGGCGGACCUGCUGGACUCGCUGCGCAUCCAGCUGCUGCAGUUCUCCACGCUGCUGGUGGAGCACGCGCCGCACCACAUCCACGACAACAACAAGAGCCGCAACAGCAAGCUGCGGCGCCUCAUGACCUUCGCCUGGCCCUGCCUGCUGCCCAAGGCCUGCGUCGACCCCGCCUGCAAGUACAGCGGCCACCUGCUGCUCGCGCACAUCAUCGCCAAGUUCGCCAUCCACAAGAAGAUCGUGCUGCAGGUCUUCCACAGCCUGCUGAAGGCCCACACCAUGGAGGCGCGCUCCAUCGUGCGCCAGGCCAUGGCCAUCCUCACCCCGGCCGUGCCGGCGCGCAUGGAGGACGGCCACCAGAUGCUCACACACUGGACCCGCAAGAUCAUCGUGGAGGAGGGCCACACCGUGCCCCAGCUAGUGCACAUCCUCCACCUCAUCGUUCAGCACUUCAGGGUGUACUACCCGGUGAGGCACCACCUGGUGCAGCACAUGAUCAGUGCCAUGCAGAGGCUGGGCUUCACCCCCAGUGUGACCAUCGAGCAGCGCAAGCUGGCUGUCGACCUGGCCGAGGUGGUCAUCAAGUGGGAGCUGCAGCGCAUCAAGGACCAGCAGCCAGAAGCGGAGGCUGAUACGGUGACCACUGGUGAGAGCGCCACCCCAGGAGGAAGCGGUGUAAAGAGGGCUGCGUCCCUGGACGCCGGGCAGGACGUCAAGCGCUUCCGUACGGCCACCGGCGCUGCUGUUGGGGCGGUCUUCGGCCGCAGCCAAUCCGUGCCCGGCGCCGAAACUCUCCUCACCAAGCCCGUGGACAAGCAGCACACGGACACAGUCGUCAACUUCCUCAUCCGCAUCGCUUGCCAGGUGAACGACAGUGCGAACGUGCAGGGCUCCCCCGGUGAGCUGCUCUCGCGCCGCUGUGUGAGCCUGAUGAAGACCGCUCUGCGACCAGACAUGUGGCCGCGUGCGGAGCUCAAACUGCAGUGGUUCGACAAGCUCCUCAUGACCGUGGAGCAGCCGGCACAGGCCAACUUCUCCAACAUCUGCACGGGGCUGGAGAUCCUCUGCUUCCUGCUGACGGUGCUGCAGCCGGCGGGCGUGCUGUCCCACUUCAAGCCCCUGCAGCGGGGCAUCGCCGCCUGCAUGACCUGCAGCAACACCAAAGUGCUGCGCGCCGUCCACUCGCUGCUCUCCCGGCUCAUGAGCAUCUUUCCCACCGAGCCCAGCACCUCCAACGUGGCUUCCAAGCACGAGGAGCUGGAGUGUCUGUACGCCGCCGUGGGCAAGGUCAUCUACGAGGGCCUCACCAACUACGAGAAGGCCACCAGCGCCAACCCCACGCAGCUCUUCGGGACACUGAUGAUCCUGAAGUCCGCCUGCAGCUAUAACUCCAGCUACAUCGACCGGCUCAUCUCCGUCUUCAUGCGCUCGCUGCAGAAGAUGGUGCGCGAGCACCUCAGCCCCCAGACCACCCCCGGGGCCACCGAGACCAGCGCAGUGACUAACGAGCUGGUGAUGCUGAGCCUGGACCUGGUGAAGACGCGCCUCUCCGUCAUGAGCAUGGAGAUGAGGAAGAACUUCAUCCAGGUCAUCCUCACCUCCCUCAUCGAGAAGUCGCCCGACCCCAAGAUCCUGCGCUCCGUGGUGAAGAUUGUGGAGGAGUGGGUUAAGAACAAUUCUCCCAUGGCUGCAAACCAGAUGCCGAAUCUGAGGGAGAAGUCCAUCCUGCUGGUGAAGAUGAUGACCUACAUCGAGAAGCGUUUCCCCGACGACCUUGAAUUGAACGCCCAGUUCCUGGACCUCGUUAAUUACGUCUACAGGGAUGAGAGUUUGUCGGGAAGUGACAUCACGUCGAAGCUGGAGCCCGCUUUCCUCUCCGGCAUGCGCUGCACGCAGCCCCUCAUCCGCGCCAAGUUCUUUGAGGUGUUCGACACGUCCAUGAAGCGCCGCGUCUACGAGAGGCUCCUCUACAUCUGCUGCUCCCAGAACUGGGAGGCCAUGGGCAGCCACUUCUGGAUCAAACAGUGCACUGAGCUGCUGCUGGCGGUGUGCGAGAAGAACACUGUGAUCGGCACCAGCUGCCAAGGCUCCAUGCUGCCCUCCAUCACCAACGUCAUCAACCUGGCUGACAGCCACGACCGCGCCGCCUUCGCCAUGGCCACGCACAUCAAGCAGGAGCCGCGAGAACGCGACAACAGCGAGACCAAGGAGGAGGACGUGGAGAUAGACAUCGAGCUGGCGCCGGGCGACCAGACCAGCCUGACCAAGACCAAGGAGCAGGCGGACCGUGACGCCGGCAACCAGCUGCACAUGCUCACCAACCGCCACGACAAGUUCCUGGACUCUCUUCGCGAAGUGAAGACGGGGGCGCUGCUCAACGCGCUGGUGCAGCUGUGUCACAUCGCCACGCCGCUGGCCGAGAGGAGCUGGGUGCAGCUGUUCCCACGCCUCUGGAAGAUCCUGUCCGAUCGCCAGCAACACGCACUGAGUGGCGAGAUGGGCCCGUUCCUGUGCAGCGGCAGCCAUCAGGCGCAGCGCGACUGCCAGCCCAGCGCGCUCAACUGCUUCGUGGAGGCCAUGUCUCAGUGCGUGCCGCCCAUCCCCAUCCGGCCGUGCGUGCUCAAGUACCUGGGCAAGACGCACAACCUGUGGCUGCGCUCCACGCUCAUGCUGGAGACGCAGGCCUUCGAGAAGGGCCUCAGCCUGCACAUCAAGCCCAAGCAGAGCACCGAGUUCUACGAGCAGGAGAGCAUCACGCCACCACAGCAGGAGAUCCUGGACUCGCUGGCGGAGCUCUACUCGCUGCUGCAGGAGGAGGACAUGUGGGCGGGGCUGUGGCAGAAGCGCUGCAAGUUUCCCGAGACGAGUACGGCCAUCGCCUAUGAGCAGCACGGCUUCUUCGAGCAGGCCCAGGAGAGCUAUGAAAAGGCUAUGGAGAAAGCCCGGAAAGAGCACGAGAGGAGCAACAUCUCCCCCGCCAUUUUCCCCGAGUACCAGCUGUGGGAGGACCACUGGAUCCGGUGCUCCAAGGAGCUGAACCAGUGGGAGCCGCUGACAGAGUACGGCCAGUCCAAGGGCCACACCAACCCCUACCUGGUGCUGGAGUGCGCCUGGAGGGUGUCCAACUGGACCGCCAUGAAGGAGGCCCUGGCCCAGGUGGAGCUGAGCUGCCCUAAAGAGAUGGCGUGGAAGGUGAACAUGCACCGCGGCUACCUGGCCAUCUGCCACCCGGAGGAGCAGCAGCUGAGCUUCAUCGAGCGGCUGGUGGAGAUGGCCUCCAGUCUGGCCAUCCGUGAGUGGAGGAGGCUCCCGCACAUCGUCUCACACGUCCACACGCCCCUGCUGCAGGCGGCGCAGCAGAUCAUCGAGCUCCAGGAGGCGGCCCAGAUCAACCUGGGCCUGCAGCCGGCGAACCUGGGCCGCAACACCAGCCUGCACGACAUGAAGACGGUGGUGAAGACCUGGAGGAACCGGCUGCCCAUCGUCUCCGACGACCUCUCCCACUGGAGCAGCAUCUUCAUGUGGCGCCAGCACCACUACCAAGCCAUCGUGUCGGCCUACGAGACGAACACGCAGCACGACCCCAACACCAACAACGCCAUGCUGGGCGUGCACGCCUCGGCCUCCGCCAUCAUCCAGUACGGCAAGAUCGGCCGCAAGCAGGGCCUGGUGAACGUGGCGCUGGACAUCCUGAGCCGCAUCCACACCAUCCCCACCGUGCCCAUCGUGGACUGCUUCCAGAAGAUCCGGCAACAGGUCAAGUGCUACCUGCAGCUGGCCGGCGUCAUGGGCAAGAACGAGUGCAUGCAGGGCCUGGAGGUGAUUGAGUCCACCAACCUGAAGUACUUCACCAAGGAGAUGACCGCUGAGUUCUACGCGCUCAAGGGCAUGUUCCUGGCUCAGAUCAAUAAGUCGGAGGAGGCGAACAAGGCGUUCUCGGCGGCGGUGCAGAUGCACGACGUGCUGGUGAAGGCCUGGGCCAUGUGGGGCGACUACCUGGAGAACAUCUUCGUCAAGGAGCGGCAGCCGCAGCUGGGCGUCUCGGCCAUCACCUGCUACCUGCACGCCUGCCGCCACCAGAACGAGAGCAAGUCCCGCAAGUACCUGGCCAAGGUGCUGUGGCUGCUGAGUUUUGACGACAAGAACGCGCUGGCGGACGCGGUGGAUAAGUACUGCAUCGGUGUCCCUCCUAUCCAGUGGCUGGCCUGGAUCCCCCAGCUGCUUACCUGCCUGGUGGGCUCCGAGGGCAAGCCCCUGCUCAACCUCAUCAGCCAGGUGGGCCGUGUGUAUCCUCAAGCAGUCUACUUCCCCAUCCGCACGCUCUACUUGACGCUGAAGAUCGAGCAGAGGGAACGCUACAAGAGUGACUCGGGGCAGCAGCAGCCCAGCUCGGUGGGCGCUCAGAGCCACUCGGCGUCGGACCCGGGGCCCAUCCGCGCCACCGCGCCCAUGUGGCGCUGCAGCCGCAUCAUGCACAUGCAGCGCGAGCUGCACCCCACCCUCCUCUCCUCGCUCGAGGGCAUCGUCGACCAGAUGGUGUGGUUCAGGGAGAACUGGCACGAGGAGGUCUUGCGGCAGCUGCAGCAGGGCCUGGCCAAGUGCCACUCUGUGGCGUUCGAGAAAAGCGGCGCCGUGUCGGACGCCAAGAUCACGCCGCACACGCUCAACUUCGUCAAGAAGCUGGUGAGCACCUUCGGCGUGGGCCUGGAGAACGUCUCCAACGUGUCCACCAUGUUCUCCAGCGCCGCCUCCGAGUCGCUGGCCCGCCGCGCCCAGGCCACCGCCCAGGACCCCGUCUUCCAGAAGAUGAAGGGCCAGUUCACCACAGACUUUGACUUCAGUGUGCCAGGCUCCAUGAAGCUGCACAAUCUCAUCUCCAAGCUGAAGAAGUGGAUCAAGAUCCUGGAGGCCAAGACCAAGCAGCUUCCCAAGUUCUUCCUCAUCGAGGAGAAGUGCCGCUUCCUCAGCAACUUCUCCGCCCAGACGGCCGAGGUCGAGAUCCCCGGCGAGUUCCUGAUGCCCAAGCCCACGCACUACUACAUCAAGAUAGCCAGGUUCAUGCCCAGGGUGGAGAUCGUGCAGAAGCACAACACGGCGGCGCGGCGCCUCUACAUCCGCGGCCACAACGGCAAGAUCUACCCGUACCUGGUGAUGAACGACGCCUGCCUGACGGAGUCCCGGCGCGAGGAGCGCGUGCUGCAGCUCCUGCGCCUCCUCAACCCCUGCCUGGAGAAGAGGAAGGAGACCACCAAAAGGCAUCUCUUCUUCACAGUGCCACGGGUGGUUGCAGUGUCGCCCCAGAUGCGACUGGUGGAGGACAACCCCUCGUCACUGUCCCUGGUGGAGAUCUAUAAGCAGCGCUGCGCCAAGAAGGGCAUCGAGCAUGACAACCCCAUCUCCCGCUACUACGACCGCCUGGCCACCGUUCAGGCCCGGGGAACGCAGGCCAGCCACCAGGUACUGAGGGACAUCCUGAAGGAGGUGCAGGGGAACAUGGUUCCGCGGAGCAUGCUGAAGGAGUGGGCCCUGCACACGUUCCCCAACGCCACCGACUACUGGACGUUCCGCAAGAUGUUCACCAUCCAGCUGGCGCUCAUCGGCCUGGCCGAGUUCAUGCUGCACCUCAACCGCCUCAACCCGGAGAUGCUGCAGAUAGCCCAGGACACGGGCAAGCUCAACGUGUCCUACUUCCGCUUCGACAUCAACGACGCCACGGGCGACCUAGAUGCCAACCGGCCUGUGCCCUUCCGCCUGACACCCAACAUCUCAGAGUUCCUCACCAGCAUCGGCGUCUCGGGGCCCCUCACCGCCUCCAUGAUCGCGGUGGCCCGCUGCUUCGCCCAGCCCAACUUCAAGGUGGACGGCAUCCUGAAGGCGGUCCUGCGGGAUGAGAUCAUCGCGUGGCACAAGAAGACGCAGGAGGACACGUCGCUGCCGCUGUCCCCUGCCGGCCAGCCCGAGAACAUGGACAGCCAGCAGCUGGUGUCCCUUGUGCAAAAGGCCGUGACGGCCAUCAUGACCCGCCUGCACAACCUGGCCCAGUUCGAGGGCGGCGAGAGCAAGGUCAACACGCUGGUGGCCGCCGCCAACAGCCUGGACAACCUCUGCCGUAUGGACCCGGCCUGGCACCCCUGGCUGUGAGCGCUGACUGGGUAGAGGGGGUUGGUCACGGCCUCCGAGCCUGGCACACUCGCCCAGUGCCCCCCCAAGGGUCCUUGCCCAGAGGUCUAAGCUGGCAGUGUGAACUCAACACAGCUCUUAAAGUGAGACUGAAUAUAUUGGAUUUUUGUCCCCUUCAAAUAUGGAUUGAGCCUCUGUGCUGACAGAUGGUGGAAAGACUGGGUUGCGUGCCCACGGACAUGAUCAUCUCGUGUUCAGUCAGCUUGUGUUUGUUUGUUGAGUUUGUUUGGUAAGGCUGGCUCAUUUGCAGUUGGUCCCCUUGUCACAAUCUUGCCAGCUACAAGAGAAGGAAAAUAAAACGAUUGAAAAAAAAAAGAUGGCAAAAGCUAGAGUUCUGGAGUGUUGCUUGGUUUGUUUGUUGGAGGGCCAGUAUUUAAAGAAAAGAAAAAAGAAAGAAAGAAAGAAAUGAAAUUGUCAGUGGCCUCUCUCCUCAUACCAGCAAAGCAUACUUCAAUGUGAUCUUAAAGCUGUUGCUUUUUCUGUCAGUGAAGAUAUCCACGGGGUUUUCCCUUUUUGAUGUGAAUGAACGGAGCACAUGUCUCCAAGUCCUGUGGGCCUUUGCCCCCCACUUCUAGACAUCAAGACAGAGGAGAAGCAGAAUUCUAAACUAUUGGUGUUUGAUAACGAAGCUGUGCUGGAGUUAGUGUACGUUUAUUUCAGGAAAUAAUUUGGACAUCGAAUCAACACAGUACAUUAUUUGAAACUGAUCACUAUGUAAACCUUUUUGGAUUUUUUUGUUAAUAUAUGUAUGUUCUGAUAUAGUAUUUUUGCAUCAUGUGGAAAAAUAGACUUUUAUUUCUUCAUUAUUUUUCAGAUCACAGCUAUGUUUGCUUCAUGUUUUGAUUUUAGUUCUGUAUUGGUAUAUUUUUUUACCCACGAAGGUCUCCUUCUCCACUACACAUGCUAUAUUUCUCUCAAGAGGACACUCUAGAAACCAGCGCCGCAGUCAGAUGCCAGUGGUUGUUUGCUGAAGUACCUUAAAAGCUGUACUUGUCCUUCAGGAUGAUGUUGGUUUGACACUGAUAGCCAUGUACCCUAGCCUCUUACCCACAGACCUGUUUAAGUUUUUUUUUUUUUGUAAAUGCCUUCCUGUGUUUUGUAAAGAUACAGCACCCUCUGCCAACCUAAACAGUGUAUCCUUGGCAUUGUAAAUAUGGAUUUUGUUUUUAAUAAAAUGCCUUUUUUGUAGGAAAGAAAA